AUGUCACUGACUUCCGCAUUUGUCAAGAAAUUGGCGUCCAACGACAGGAAAACGCGAAAUGCCGCCCUUGAAGCGUUGCGCAGAUACCUCUCGUCCAAAACGAUCAAGCCUGAAUCGCUCUCUUUGCUCGAGAUGGAGAAACUCUGGCGAGGGUUAUACUUUUCAAUGUGGUUCUGCGAUAAGGCCAAGGCGCAAGAACGAUUAGCUGAAAGUUUGGGCCGCAUAUAUCUGGACUGCAUAAAGAGCCCCCAGGCCUUUUUGCAGUUUGUGCGGGCUUUCAACUUGAUCAUGAUCAAGGAGUGGAGCAGUAUAGACCAGUGGAGAAUCGACAAGUACUAUCUUCUAAUCAGACGGAUAUUGAGGCACAACUUCAGGUAUUUGAAGCUGAGUGGAUGGGAUCUGGACUUGGUUUCAAAGUGGACUGCGGUGUUGUCCGAGACGAUCUUGAGCGGCAGCGAUAAAGUGCCCGUGGCGUUGCCGUAUCACAUGUGUGAUAUAUAUUUGGAUGAACUUGAAUUGGUUUUAUUUGAAGCGUUGGAAGAGCAAGAUGAGGAAGCCGAGGAAAAAGAAGAAGAGGUGGAUCGAGAUGAUCCAGAUUAUGGCGAAAAGAAAAUCGGGGAUCUAGAGGCGGCAAAAAUUGCCAUUGCAAGUGAAGCAAAUGUGCGUGAUCUCAUACAGCUUUUUGCUGAUUUGAGUCAAAGUGCUAAACUCAAGACUUUGAGGGAGAAAAUCAAGGAAGAAGUGUUGGACGAUUCCAGGUUGACCGAAUGGGGUGUCCUUGAACAAGCCGAUGGAGAGAAAGACGGCGACGAUGAAGAUGAAGACGAUGAUCAUGAUCAUGAAGAGGAAGAAGAAGAAUGGAAAGGAUUCUAA